CCACAACUUUGAGUCAAACUCCCAUUUCGCCAUGGACAUGGACCUUGACGAUGACUUGUCACCGCUCUCAGAGACGGAAUACGAAGAAACCAGUUCAGAUACAAGCUUCAAUAAAAGGCAGCCAAAACAAAAGCAAGAAUUCCGAUUAACAUCAGCCCUGAAAACCCCUCGAGCGACAACUUACGCCGCGCAUGCUCUGUGCGAACAAAUUUCUCGUGGAGAUGUAGAGCUUGACCCGGAAUAUCAACGAGAUGUCGUCUGGACGAAACAGAAGCAAAUCACUCUCAUCGAUUCAAUCUUUCGAAACUGUUAUGUACCGCCUGUCAUCUUUUCCGUCAAGUUGAACGAGGACGGCUCAGAAUCAAGGACCUGUAUUGACGGAAAACAGAGACUUACUUCAAUACAUCUCUUCAUGAGCGGAACUAUUCCUUACCGCGAUCCCUACACUGGCAAACAGUUCUGGUACAAGCAAAACUCCGAAGUCGUACAGUCCCCAGGGGAAAUGUUGCCCGAAAAGUUUCGAUCAAUUUUUUCGAACAAGCAGAUAGUUUGCGUGGAGUAUGAGGAGUUGAAGGAAGGGGAUGAACGAGACAUCUUCAAAAGGGUGCAGCUGGGCGUAGCACUCACGAACGCGGAAAAGCUUCAAGCCAUCUCGACUCCUCGAACUGCCCUCGUUAGACACCUCAUCAAAACAUACCUUACAGAAACCACGCUUGGCCACCCCGACGUUGCUUGGGAUCAUGGUCGAGGACGCGAUUUCCAAGUCUUUGCAACCGUCAUUUACGCCAUUUCAAAGUGGAAUAAGAAAAUCGGCCUUUCCGUGUCAGUUCACCACGAUCCUUUGAGGACGUGGUUGGCUGAAGGAGGAACUGCGCCUGGAAAACUUUUGAAGGGCGGCGAUAGGGGAGGGAAAGGUGUUCCUGUCCCCGAAGCAUUCAGGAAGAACAUCAUCAAGGUGUUUGAGACCGUAAACAAGCUCGCUACGAACCCCAAGUACAACCUCGGGUUCCGUUCGUUACCACAGAUAUCGUUGAUACUCAACAUGAACGAGAUGGCUGGAGCGUUUGUGUUGAUAUAUGUGGUUUAUGUGUCUCCUCAAAAAUCCUCGAAUGCGGAGCCCUACUCCCUACGAUCUCUCGGCGAUCUCUUCACGCUGUUGAGAGUCAGAUAUCGCAGGGAGUGCGUUGACAAACACCAUCGCUACAACUCGGUCGGGGGAAGGGUGGUGAUGGAUAUGUGUCACGAAAUCGCUCAGGAUCCGAGGGGGUAUCUGCAACGCGGAAGGAAGGAGGGUCUGUUGGAUGGAUUGGACGACGGGUAGAAAAUGAAUGGUGGUGGGUCAAGCUCAAGGGUUGAGGAUACUACGCGGGCCCCUAUAUAUUCCUUUCGGCUCCGUACUCGUACCUGGCCUUUUAGGAAAUGUGCCUGUUAUCAUGGUAUAUCGUGUGUCACUGUUUACUGUACAAUAAAGACAUCUAACUGUGUAUGUGUACUUGGUUACAAUUAUGUGGGAAC